AUGAAGAACGUUAGCAAUGAUUCUGGUGUUGCGGCACCUUUCAUGACCGCAUGGAACGUUGAGUCUCAGAUUCAUCUCAUCAUUGGAGCCAGCCCUUUGGCUGCUGCUCGGUGUACCAAGAGUCUCGAGGCUGGCGCCAAGCCAGUCGUUAUUGUACCCGAGAGUGCAGACAUCCAUUUCACCCUAGCUGAGCACAUCGCCAAUGGCUCGGUGCAGCUACUGCGUCGUGAUUUCCAAGAUAAUGAUUUGACUACCCUGGGCAGAGAGGAAGUUGACCGGGUGGUAGACGCGGUCUUCGUCACCCUGGGUGGCAAUCAUGAACUGAGUCUUCACAUUUCAAAGCUAUGCCGGCGGCUGCGAAUCCCUGUCAAUGUGUCCGAUGCUCCUGCUUUGUGCUCGUUCACUUUACUGUCCACUUACUCAGAUGGACCACUUCACAUUGGCAUUACAACAUCCGGUCGUGGAUGCAAGCUUGCGUCUCGCUUACGGAGAGAAAUCGCCGCUUUCCUUCCAACAGAUCUCGGAUCCGCAAUUGAUCGGCUCGGUGCCAUGAGGUGCCGUCUAUGGGAAGAAGACCAUGCCGCUGGGCUAACUGAUACCGCCUUCGAGGGUGAUGACGACGAUACUACAGGCCAGAAGCACACUUUCAACACAUUAGUCACGGACGAUGACGUCGCCGCAGCAAAGACACGGCGAACACGCUGGCUAUCGCAGAUUUGCGAGUACUGGCCUCUUCGCAAGCUUGUCUCUAUCACUGACAGCGACAUCAACCAAAUUCUACAGGCCUAUUCAUCUGGUAACACGGCCACACAAGAGACGCUCGAGUCCAAUGCGAUCUCUAGAAAGGGCAAGAUCAUCCUUGCCGGCUCAGGUCCAGGCCACCCAGAUCUGCUCACCCGUGCCACAUAUAACGCUAUUCAAAACGCCGACAUUAUCCUUGCCGACAAGCUCGUUCCGGCUCCUGUACUGGACUUGAUCCCACGCCGAACGGAGGUUCACAUUGCGCGCAAAUUCCCCGGAAACGCCGACCAGGCUCAGGAAGAGUUCUUGCAGAUGGGCAUCGCCUCACUCCGAAAGGGGAAGAACGUCCUCCGGCUCAAGCAAGGAGAUCCGUACUUAUAUGGUCGUGGCGCCGAAGAGUUCGAAUUCUUCCGGGCUGAGGGAUAUAUCCCCGUUGUGCUUCCUGGCAUCACUAGCGCCAUGAGCGCUGCCUUGUUCGCGGAUAUUCCGGCAACUCACCGCGGUGUGUCGGACCAAGUCUUGAUCUGCACUGGCACUGGCCGAAAGGGUGCUGCUCCGCAACCACCGGCCUAUGUCCCUACCCAGACAGUCGUUUUCUUGAUGUCUCUUCACAGACUUUCUGCCCUCAUUGAGUCUCUCACGACACAUCCUGCGGAUGACACCACACAGUCACGAGUGCUCUGGCCCAAGGAGACUCCUUGUGCUAUUGUUGAGCGAGCCUCGUGCCCCGAUCAGCGUGUUGUUCGCUCCACUUUGGAAAACAUCUGUCAAGCAUUUGAGGCAGCCGGCUCACGGCCACCUGGUUUAUUGGUAGUUGGUGCUAGCUGCCAUGUCUUGCACAGCCCGAAUGAGCAGAAGUGGGCUAUUGAAGAAGGAUUUAAUGGUCUUGAUGGAUUGACUGGGGAGCUGGAUGCCGUGGCAGUGGCACUUGAUGAGACUGAAAAGUGA